AUGUUGGGGCCUCAUCAACCAAUGUUGAAUGUUUAUCCACGAACAGCAAAAUAUAGUUUUAAAUAUUCAUGGUUUGAAGAAUUCCCACAUUUAGAGUAUAGCAUAGUUAAGGAUGCAGCGUUCUGUUAUGUUUGCUAUCUUUUUCCUCGUGGCGUUGGAAGGGAAAAAAGUGAAAAUAACUGGACUGUUAUAGGAGUGAAAAAUUGGAAAAAAAUGAAAGGUAAUAAUGGGACAAACAAUGUUGGAAAGUUAAAAAAACAUUUUGGUUCUGAAACACAUAAGGCGGCACUUUAUGAGUUUUGUCAUUUUAUGAACAAAAAUAAUCAUAUUGACAUAAUGCUUGAUAAAAAUAAAAGACAAAAAAUUAUUCAAGAAGAACGAGACCGUGCUUUUCACACUGAAGUAAUAUCUAUUUUACUUGAUGUUGCCAAAACUCUCGGUAGACAAAAUUUAGCAUUUAGAGGUCACGCUAAUGAUGAAAAUGGAAAUUUCAAACAAAUAAUAUAUCUUAUAUCUAGACAUUGUCCAUUAUUGAGAGAGUGGUUAGAUUCUUCUAGAUUUAGACCAUAUCAUACCAAUUAUAUGAGUCCCAAAUCUCAAAAUGAGUUUAUAAAUAUUUUAGGAAGUUCAAUAAAAAGCAGUAUUUCAAAAAAAGUUAAUGACGCUAGGCAAUUUGCAGUGAUGGCAGAUACAACACCAGACUUAUCGCACAAAGAUAUUUUAUCUGUUGUAGUCCGCUUUGUUAAUGACAAAGGAAAACCAGAAGAAAGGUUGCUUGAAGUUCGUGAAAUUGUAGACAAGACCGGAAAAGGAAUGGCUAAUGAAAUCUUAGAUACAUUACGUACUAAUAAUUUAGAUCUUCAAAAUUUAGUUUUUCAGUCAUAUGAUUUUGCAAAUAAUAUGUCUGGUCAAUUUAAUGGUGCUCAACAAAAAAUAUCUGAAGCUAUUGGACGUAAAAUUCCAUAUAUUCCUUGUAAUGCCCAUAGAAUCAAUACUUUUAUUGAGCAUGCGUGUGAUUCCAGUUUAAUAGUAUCUGACUUAUUUUCAAUAGUUCAAGAACUAUAUGUUUUUUUUUCAUCAAGUACAAAACGAUAUGGACCUCUAUUGAACAAACUAAAUGAAAUAGAAAAUUCUCUUAAAUUGAGAAAUUUAUCACAAACAAGGUGGACAGCACGUGCUGAAGCUUUAAAAUCAUUAUGGACAUCAUAUCCAAUUAUUAUUGAUAAUAUUAUGUAUAAACUAAAACUGUUAACUGAAUGUCUUGAAUCAGUUGAAUUAAACAUAACAGAUGCUACUUUAUUUAUUUCAAGUACUCUAAAAUCAUUAGAUAUUAUAAAUUCUGAUUCUGAAAAUAUGGAUAACCUUAUCCAAAGUGCUGUAGUUUUUUUGAAAAAAUAUGAAGUUGAUGCAGAAAAAGAAUUUUCUGUACGACACCGUCGUCGAAUUGCACCAAAAAAUUUGGACAGUAAUAGAAGUAAUGCUUCUGAAUUUUCCUUUCACUCAUUUUAUAGAAAAGAGUUUAAAAUGGUCUUAGAUAAAUUGAAUGGUUUAAUAAAAGAUCAUCUUGAGAAAUCUAUAAAUGAUAUUAAGCCAUUAUACAGUAUGUUUAAACCACCAUUUUCAAAAGAAUUGUUGACGGAAACUCUUAUUCAAGAUGCAAUACAAUUUUUACCAAAUAAUGUUGAAAUUGAUCCAUUAACAGUGCAGUGUGAACUGGAAGUGCUCUAUGAUCAAUGUCAAAAUAAAAGCACUAUGAGUGACCUAGCAAUAGUUUCUCAUGAAUUGAAAACUGCUUUGCCGUUGGCCAAUCUAUUAUGUCGCUUAUCAUGUACAGCACCUGUAACCGUUGCUGGCAAUGAAAGGUCAUUUAGCAAAUUGAAAACAGUCAAAAACUAUUUAAGAACAACCCAAGAAGACUCUAGAUUAAAUAAUUUGAUGUUGCUUUCUUCUGAAAAAGAUUUAGUAGAUAAAAUUUCUUUAAAUGAAAUGGCUCAAAAAUGGUUUAAUGAUGAAAUGGCUCCAACAAAAUAA